AAAAUAUCGAUAUAUCGAACGAAAAAUAUCGAUAUAUCGAUAUAUUUUCAACAAGCCUAACUCUGCCCAGCUACUCUUCUCAUCGUCGACCACCUUCUCAGCUCAGCUGUCUUUGGCAGUUAUUUUUAGGUUGAAAUCUAAAAUAAAUUCACGAAAAGUGUACGUACUUUGUAUAGGUUAAAACGUGCCGCGCUACUGUCCAUUAUUCACAAAAUUUGCGCAUUUGGAUCCUUGUUUUGUCUCGUGAUUUUGUUUGCAAGCUCGUUGUAUUAACUGCAUUGUUUACUCACGGUUAUGAAACAAUAAGUGAGCCUCUGUCGCUCGGAGCGCCAGAUUAAAACGAACCAUGUCAGGCGACGUACAGCCAAGGAAACGUAAAGACAAAAAGAGAAAGAAAGAUGAUUUAGGAUUAGAAGAACCCCGUGGCACGUCAGCUACGUUAGGAGAAGGAGAUGUUUUUAUGCAUUCUCAUCAUGAACAGGGAACUGGUGGGCACUGGUGUGCAAAGAUUAUAUUCUUUUCCCUUCUUGCUGUACUUAUCACUCUAAUUGGAUUAAUCAUAUUGGAGAACAGAGGUUUAUCAGAAUUAGAAGCAAAUGCAGUAGAAUCUCGAUAUUCUGGCGUUUUAGAAGGUUGGCUAGAAGAUGCGCCAGAUGAUGAUCAUCAUGAUGAACAUACAUUAGAACUUUCUCAUCAUGAUAAUGAUGAUGAUGACGAAGAACAUCUCAGUGAUGAUGAUCAUCUAGAAGAUGAUGCAGAAGAUGACUAUGACGAGGAUGACGAUGAGGAGACUGAGCACAGUGAUGAAGCUGGCGACAAUGAUAAUCAAGAGGAUCAGGACGCAGAUAAUGAAGAUGAAGCUGAUGAUAUUGAAGAUGAAUUAGAUAAAAAUGAUGAAAAUGAAUUAGAUGAUGAUGAUGAACCUGACUUUUACAAUAAAGUAAAUAUUAACGACGAUGAUGAUGAUGAUGAUGAUCGUCACAGCUUAAAUGAUGAAAAUGAUACAAAUCAAGACCAGAUCGAGCAAGAUGAUGAGGAUGACGAAUAUCGAGAUGAAGAUGGGUAUUACGAAGAAGACAACGAAAAUGAAGAAGAAAAUAUUAAAAGUGAUGAAGAAAGUAAUGAAAUUGAUAAUGCUAAUGAUGACGAUAGCAUUGUAAAUAACGAGUUUGAUAAAGGUAACAAUGAAAGCCAGGAAGAUACAAAUGAAAAUGAUGAUGACGAUAAUGAGGAUGAUGAACAUGAUGAUGAGGAUGAAGAUGUAGAAGUAGAGAAACUCGAAAAAGCGGAACCAGAUGAAGAUCCUAUAUCGACGGAAUUACCUGCACUGCCUGAAGAUGAAGAUAAUAAUGAUGAUAUCGAUGAUGACAGAAGUGCAGGCGAUUUAACUGACGAAGAACCAGAUCAGGAUGAGUAUGACAAGGCUGAUGAGAAAGAUGAAUACUUGGAAAUUGAUGACAACGAUGAACCAAUGGUGGAGCACAUUACCGCACCGCCUGGUAAACCCCUGCCCGAGGUGGAAGAGGAGACUUCGUCUGAAAAGCCCCCAAACACACUAGCUGAAGAGGAAGAAUAUGAGAAACGCCAAGAGGAACUUCGUCGGGAGGAAGAACAAUCUUCUCACAAAGAUGGUGGGAACAGUUUAGUGGACGAUGAUUGGCCCGGCGAACCCAGUGACGCGUACUGGCGCGACCAAUUGGACUCCGCGGAACGAGAGAUGCUCCAGGGCGAUUCGAGUGCGGCCGUGGAGCGUACCAGCGCCGAUCCGCUGCGUGACAGCGCGCGGGCGCGUUGGAUACGAGCGAGUGCACUGGACCGCGCUGCCGAGGAGAAACGCGACAACACUCUCCUGUCGCGCGCCAUCACUGCCUACCUGCAUCUGCUUAAGAUGAACGAACGCCUGUCGGACAAGAAGCUACUGCAAGUCACAGGACGCACCUUGGACAGAAUUCAGUUUAGAGGAAACUACCUGAAUGCCGAGCCUGUGUAUAAACUGUUGAUACGGCGGUUUCCGAAUGAUCCUGCUUACCGAAACAACUUGACCAUCUCAUUCCUCAUGGCCAACAGGGCUGAUUUAGCGGAAGAGUCCAUAAAGGAGACACUCGAACGCUGGCCCGACGAUCGUCUAGCGCUCGCGCACUACGGAUUCGUGUUGAAAACCAGACACAAUCGCUACGAAGAAGCGGCCGAGGCUUUCCGUAAAGCUCUAGAGGGCGACACCGGUCCCGCUAACGAGGCCAGAUUCUAUUACCACUACGGGGAUUCUUUACUGUUGCUGGGAAGGCGUGAAGAAGCGCACGUAGUUCAUAAAAGAGGCGCCGCCCUAGGUCACUUCCUAUCACCCGCGCAACGAUCUCUCUAUAAUGUGCCGCGGUUGAAAAGCUCCCCCUGGUGGAGAAUCGAAGAUACUCCCUACUCAAACCUAGCCAAAUCUUUAGAGAAAUCGUGGAAGGAUAUUUUAAAAGAAGCGCAAGCGGCCGAAGCUUCGUAUGAAAAAGAGAAGGAAGGUUUGAAGGAGCACGGGGAAUGGUCGCAGCUGGAUCUGUUCGUGCGCGGUCGAGAGGUUCCGGAUAGAUGUAAACGGGCGCCCGUGACUUGUUCUAUAGUGAAAGGGGAAAAUGCGGCGGCCGGUUGUCGCCGGGGACAGAUCAAGUUUAGCUCGAUGGCAGCCGGAACGCACGUAAGGCCACACGUAGGACCGACCAACUGCCGACUGAGGAUGCAUUUAGGGCUAAGCAAUACCAAAGAUACUUACAUAAGAGUGGAUCAAGAAAUAAGACAAUGGCGGGAAGGUAGAGUGUUGUUGUUCGACGACAGUUUCGAGCACGAGGUGUGGCACAACGGCACCGGCACUCGGCUUGUGCUCAUUGUGGACGUGUGGCAUCCGUACCUCACCGCGGCAGAGAGGCGGCAACUGCCUGCCAUAUGAUCGCGUUCUAUAGGGCCACAGACAUAGCUCAAAAUAGAUACCGCGAGUAAAUGUAUUUCUCGUGCCAAAGUGAAGAGCAUAGCUCUUUCUUUAUAGCGCUAUUUUAUUUCAUCGCGUCCCCGUACUCUUAAUCGGGAAUAGCAAUUUAAAAAAAAACUAAUUGAGAAUAAACCUUAUAAUGAUAAUUUGCAUAGAUGGAAUGCUAAAAUAGCAACAACAUGCAUAAGGUCCGCCCUACUUAAUUUGUUCUCAAAAUAUGGCACGCUCGGUUUUUAUACAAUUUCACAUCUACUUAUAGCCAAGUCUGUAAAUGGGGCCGAUUUAUAGUGCGAUACAAACUUAAUGGUCAAUUCAUACCAGCGCAGAGUCGAAGCAUAACAAAUCAAAUGCACCCUUAUCUUCGCAACGUAAUACACUUAUUCCUUCUGAGAUAAAAAGAUGUCGCGCGAAUUCGUCUGCGCGCGACCAGCGUUGAUUAUCAGCUCAAAAGCCAUGAAUUCACAGAAACGCAAUAAAAUUUAUUAUGAGCUAAUUCCCGAAAACUAUGCAAGAAAUCUGUGGCAAAAUUACUCAAUCUAUUUUGAACCUUGUAUCAAUCUUGUUUCAGUUAAUUUCACUAAACCUGCAUUAUUAUUUAUUAAGCAGCGUAACUAUGCACUAACCGUUUGAUUCAAAUAAAUAUGCAGCAGUUCAAUUCGAUUCAAAAUCAUUUAUUCAGUCUAGGUGAAAGUCAAACGCUUUGCCAUCGGCUCGUACAUUUAGGGCGGAGACCCUGUACUGAAAAGAACCAGCAAGAAACUCCGCAAAGGCUAUUUUUUUUCUCUCUGUUUGUUACAUACAAUGCCGUCAAUCGAAAGAUGACAUCUAAACCUGAAAACAUGUUUUAAUGCCAACUUUUUUCACGUUUACAGUAUUACAAUACAUAAUGUUAUAAAUAAGUUUGGAAUAGAGGCUGUAAGAUUUUACUAAGAUAAUUUGUUCACUUCACUUUAACUACCUAUACUAAAUGUACCUACUCGGAAUUGGGAAUAUUUUUGUUAAAACUAGUCAAAAAACUCAAUACCCUCUGCGUGUCGUACUGCUUGCAUGCGCAGUCGAGUAAAAAGGCAGAAUUUCUAUGUUUUCUUUGUAUUAAUCUCGCAAUCACAAUAUGUCGAUCGUUCCAUAAAAUUAUAUAAAACCCAGUCCUAUCAAUGAAAUUGAAUUUUAUUAUAAUAAAAUGUUUAAUACUAACUUAAAUCAACAUUAAAGAUUAAAGUGUUAUGUGUAAAGUGCCUAAUUUUAGUCCAUUUUACUUGAAUUAAACCUAAGUGUGUAUUUUAAAUAUUAUUUUGUCAGAGGUCUUGAAAAUCACAAUCACAUUACUUGCAUUUCUCAUCCACCACUAACACCUCCAAGUAUUUUAAUUACCUAUAAUUAAUGUAUGUACUUUUGUGAUAUGAUUUUUAAUCGUUGUUAAUGAUUGUUACGGUUGUUAUAUAAUAAGUACCAUGAUUUUAUUAUGAAUAUAAUUUCGAUGCUCAAAC